AUGGCAGCGGCGAUGGACGUAGAUGCACCUAGCUGCUCCAGUAGCGGAGCGAGCAAGAAGCGAUUUGAGGUUAAAAAGUGGAAUGCUGUGGCUCUGUGGGCUUGGGACAUAGUUGUGGAUAACUGUGCCAUAUGUAGAAACCACAUCAUGGAUCUUUGUAUUGAAUGCCAGGCCAACCAAGCUUCUGCGACAUCGGAGGAGUGCACAGUAGCAUGGGGUGUCUGCAAUCACGCCUUCCACUUUCACUGUAUUUCCCGCUGGCUUAAAACUAGACAAGUGUGCCCGCUCGACAACAGAGAGUGGGAGUUCCAGAAGUAUGGACACUAG